CUGUUUUCUGUAGGCUUAGUGAAGUCAACUUCUCUGAGCCAAGGAAAGAUGAUGCUUUCUGAGAUGAUAACAGUGAUUCUGGCGCUGUUUGUCUUUUCCACGGCUGUCGGUAUAUGUGCUUUUGUUAAGCAAAAUUUAUUUGCAUGUAAGUUUUAUAACAACUGCUCCGGUGAAAUUUAAGAGCUUUUCUACAAAGAUGUUAAUUAUUGAUCAAUAUCCUAAGAAAAAUUUAUGAAAUUGUUUUUAUCCAUUAUCUUGUAGAGGCUGACACGGAAGAAGACGUUGAACUACUGAUUUUCGACCGCAACACAAGCACUAAACUGUCCAAAUCUGAUGUCUUCAAAGUAACAAACAAGGCGAACCUCACGGGACAUGGUUACAAAGAGGAAGUUUCUUACAAGACAGUAAUGAGUCCAGAAAGUACAUCUUAUUUCAAGGCAAGCACCACGAUUUUGGCUUUUGGAAUUCAGUGGAAUAAAUCAAUCUCCAAAACAACUCCUUUCUUUGUCAGAAAUCAAAAUCAAGUUCAAUUCCAUCGUUUUAAGGUUUUUCUUUCCCGGAUCGUUUUUGUUUCGAUUCUACAGCCAAUGGGUUUCCGUAUUCUAAAGUGAUUCUUUUUUUUCUUUUUAUCUCAGGAAUCGUACUUCUAUUACAAAGUAGAAAACUGCUCAAGGAUUCCGGAGAUCGAGGAAGAAUUGGAAACACUGAUACCCGGUAAACUGACUGUUAUCCAAUGUAUAACUAUAGACAUCUUCUCCCAGUAAAAAAAAAAUACUGUCCGCUCUGCCAUCAAAGCAAAUAAAGAGGCGGGUACCACAGCUGAGAAAGAAAAACAAAAACCUAAAGACCUUUCUAAGGAAAUCUCCAAGGGGGACCUAGCAAGAACUUAUUACUUUCGUUGCGAUCAGCGCUCGUCUUUCUUACGUUGCCUUCACGCCUGUAGCCCAAAGUCGUGACAUGCAGAGAAAUAUAGAGUAGGCCACAUAUCUUGAAAAACGUAGAGUGGUUACAAUAGUAAUGAUUGGUACUAACAUUUUUCUCGGCGAUUAAUUCUCAGGUGUUUUGGGAGAGGAAGUUGCCAAUCGGAUAAAAACGGAACUCCAAUACUGGCAUCUGGACGAUAUCGAUAAGUGCAAAGUGGGACUGGAGAUUGUUUUCAAAGGAAUCGAAAGUGAUCAGCGAAGCAAACGUAAUCCUCGAGACAAGAGUACCAAAAUAAGUAAAUCGGUAUCAAUAUUCGGCAUAAAAGUCACAGCGACAAUCGAUAAGAAAGGCGCAAUAGAAGGCGCAAAGAAAGGCGCAGUAAAAGGCGCAAAGAAAGGUGCAGUGAAAGGUGCAGUGAAAGGUGCAAUAGCGGGCUCAGCGGGUGGACCUGUAGGCGCGGCAGCAGGUGCAGCGACAGGCGCAGUGACAGGCGCAGCAAAAGGCGCAAUCAAAGGCGGAUUGAAAGUCAAAGUAAGCUACUCACGUCGCCGCACCAGCUACUCGAGCCGCCGCCGCACCAGCUACUCGAGCCGCCGUCGUGCCAGCUACUUGAGCCGCUGCCGCACCAGCUACUCGAGCCGCCGUCGUGCCAGCUACUCGAGCCGCCGCCGCACUAGCUACUCGAGCCGCCGUCGUACCAGCUACUCGAGCCGCCGCCGCGCCAGCUACUCGAGC